AUGGCACAGCAACGCACGGCAGACCCGCUGGAGGUUCUUAACUAUGACUGCGCGUGCCUAAUCUUCGAGCAGCUUAGCGCGCAGGACCUUACCAGGGGUGAACAGGUCAGCAACUCCUGGAAAAGCCAGAUCCAGGACUGGGUCUCUGGACACGGGGUUAGGCACACAAGCUUGAGUGCAUUGCUAACGGGCAAGCCUCGCUGCGCAAUGGAGUUCACGCAACCGCUCGCCGACAAGCCCUUGGUCACAGCGGGCGACUUCGUUGCGUGGACUGCGCAAGACGGCGUCUAUUGGAAACGCGUUGGGCAUGAAAGGACCACAGCAGGAGAGUGGUGUCCGUUCCCGACGGAGAAGGUACGCCUCGAGAUCUCGUCAACCACUACGGUGGAGUAUAUGAAGGUUCAUGUUUCAGGUUUCCUUUUCAUCGAGGUACGUGAGAGGGUUGCCUUUCCAGAGGAGCAAUACGUUUACAGAGACCAUCUAUUCGAACUGUCAACUGGUAAGGAGCUCUGGUCGAGAGCCCUCACCCCCAAUGAGGACGAUGCCCGGCUGAGGCCCUCGCUUUCCCCGUUGGCAUUAGGGUGGGAGAAAUUCUACCGCUAUGGGCCAAAGGCAAAUACUCUAGAGGGGUAUGACUUGAAGACUGGGGAUCUCCUCUACACCGUAGCCAUUCCCCCAGAGGUUUACGGAGUCCCAGCCAAAGGGCGUGUUUGGCGCCUCCAGGGCGCCGAGAUCCUUGUGGUAGUGAAUCACAACCCGACCACUACGGGCGUGGAAUCCGUCCUUUACCUCUUCAACGCCCAAACAGGCAAUCUCGUACAGGAUAUCAAGUUCGAGACCCCUGGACUUCCAUUAUUCUACAGGCUCACACCGUCGUCCCGCAGCGGAGAACUGGCUUUCGCGGUGACGGAACAGGGGCAUCUGAUGGGAUCAUCCAUCAUGCGACUGUUUACCUACGACCGCAAAAAGGGCCAGUUUGUGGCCGGGGAAACUGAGAAACCCUGCCAUGUUGGCGGCGGGUACGACCCGUUUCGGUCCUUCUUAAUUGGUGGGUACUUCCUUUAUGGCCAUUAUUUUGUUAUUUCGUCUCCCGAGGGUGAGGCCGCGCUGAUUGGCAGCGGUGCCUUCGGUAGAAAGUCUAACAAGUUCGAGCGGCAUGAUUUCUCUGUGGAAAGGGCUUUGCAGGCACGGGAUCGCGCUUGCACGCCUCAGGGCGACCACUUCGCGUUGGUUGACCAUGUCACGAUUGUUGGCAAUCGGCUUUAUUCUUCUGGCAUGCAGCCCGGGGGUGGAAUCAUUGUUGUUGAGUUUGGGCCGUCCCCUGCCCUGCCGUUGCCCACGGAGGAUACUCUGUACCGGCCGGACGAUAUUGAGUAA